GUACAUGAUCCUGGCCACCAUCAUUGCCAACUGCAUAGUGCUGGCCCUGGAGCAGCACCUCCCUGAUGGGGACAAGACGCCCAUGUCUGAGCGGCUGGAUGAUACGGAGCCCUAUUUUAUCGGGAUCUUUUGCUUUGAGGCCGGCAUCAAGAUCAUCGCUCUGGGCUUUGUGUUCCACAAGGGUUCCUACCUGCGGAAUGGCUGGAACGUCAUGGACUUUGUGGUGGUCCUCACUGGGAUCCUCGCCACGGCUGGGACUGACUUCGACCUGCGGACGCUGAGGGCUGUGCGUGUGCUAAGGCCACUGAAGCUGGUGUCUGGGAUUCCGAGUCUGCAGGUGGUGCUCAAGUCCAUCAUGAAGGCUAUGGUCCCGCUGCUGCAGAUCGGGCUGCUGCUCUUCUUUGCCAUCCUCAUGUUUGCCAUCAUUGGCCUCGAGUUCUACAUGGGCAAAUUCCACAAGGCCUGUUUCCCCAACAGCACAGAUGCAGACCCUGUGGGUGACUUCCCCUGUGGCAGGGAGGCCCCGGCCCGGCUGUGUGAGGGGGACACAGAGUGCCGCGAGUACUGGGCAGGACCCAACUUUGGAAUCACCAACUUUGACAACAUCCUGUUUGCCAUCUUGACAGUGUUUCAGUGCAUCACCAUGGAGGGCUGGACAGACAUCCUCUACAAU